UUUUUGUCACGAACUAAAUUGCACUAUGUAAAUAAAUAAUUUUCAACAGAAAUUAAAUUAUUAUUUUAUUAUCUCUGUCGUAAGUUAACUUACAUUGUUGAAAUAAUUAUGUUUUGAAUCUUUUUUGUAAGAUUGGAUUUUGUGAUAUUGGAAUUUUAAAUUUGCAACAUAGUUUGUUAAUGAUUUUUAGUACUUCAUUAUUCUGAUAUCAAUGAAAAUCGAUGUAUUCUAUUAGUUUUUGAAAGAUGAAUAGAUCGUGUGACACCGAUCUACGUACUUGCUAUAUCUACGUAUCCGUGCAAUGGCGCAUCUAGAGAUGCAAUGACGGCCGCUUCUGGGCGUAAUCUUGAUGUAGCAUUAUCUAAGUCGUGGACCGUUACCCCCACCGACCUAAAUGCUCGACGUAUAAAUGGUCAAGACACCUUCUAAGCACUGUCAGUAAACUUGUGCGCUUUAUCUCGCAUUCUGCUUUACCUCGGUAACAUUAUCGCAUUGGAUUUAAUUGGAAUUGUGUGUGUUUUAACGGAUUCGACGUGUCCGGUUUUAUUUCUUGAAUUUGUAAUUUAAUCGAGAAUAAUAAAUUAGCGCUACAUAAAAGUGGAAUUUAGGAGCAAUUCGCGAUGAGACGAUUCUGUGUUCCAUGUGUCAUUCGAAAUAACAGUUGAUCGUGAUUAUUCAGAAGAAAUAGACAAAGAUAACGAUAAUGUUGACAGAAGAAGCAAGCACCGAUUGUUGUUAUUCGACACUCUCCAGGCCUCUUCUUAUUUUUUUUCUAUUCCUUUUUUUCACAGAGAUCUGUGCCGCGACGUACCUUAACUCUUCAAACACGUUUUUGGAAAGAUGCCGGCUUGACUGUAGUCUUCAGCGAGAUUUUGCAAGCUGUGGGAAGUACAAAGUAGCCAGAUGGCUGAACGAACUUGUCAAAGAAAAGGAAUUCACCUAUGGACCAUUUCGAAUCAUAAGGAUAUCAUCGAUGCAGCAGGAAUCUUUACUGCCGAAAUUACCUCGUCCUCGAGCUUUCAAAAGAAACAUAUUUGACACUCUAGAUUUUCUCAGAGAGAAUGUCAACGAUUUGUUGACGAAACGUGUGGUCGUUUAUACGAUCGAGAAUCCUACGAAUGGCAGAAGUUUUACUAGUGGGCCGAUGAUAAUGGACGAAGAUGAAUUACAAGAGAUACAAGGGAGGAAAGAGGCUGAGGGCGAUUGGCGUAUUUUUAAAAAGAAGAAGUCAUUGAUCUUGCCGCUCCUUAUAUUAUUGAAUCUCUUCAAAUUAAAGUUGCUGCUGCUUCCAAUCUUCUUAGGCGUUCACUUCAUCAAAAAACUCCUCGUUUUAGGUUCUCUGAUCGCACCAUCUAUUUUGGCGCAUCUUAAGGUUUGCAAGGUUCCAACACAUCCAGUGUAUUCUUAUCACACGUGGGCCACUGCUGCUGAAGCACCGGUUGAUUAUCCGACUGGCUAUCUAAUGACACGAAUGAAUUUAAUGGGCAACAUUUCCAAAUUCGAAGAUACGGUCACGAAGACACUGGUUGGGCACAUAGGAAUGAUAUUCAAGGUCAUCUGGCUUAUCCGGCCUAUCAUGGAUAUCGCAAUCCUUACGGAUGAACUUCGGCAACGAGAUAACUGUAUUUUUAAUAAAAUGUGAAGAUCUUAUGUUAGAAAACAAUCUCUACGAUCAAAUAUGUUCGGUGCCACUGUUGAAACUGUUAAAUAUAUUUUUUAUACAUAGAA